GUGUUGCAGAAACCCAGACUCCUGUGACGCCGGUGAUGUCCCUGGGCAACGGCACAGACCUUCUCCUUUCCAUGGCCAAAAAUGAGCUAACUGGACCAAAAAAUCAGGGGUUCGAGAUCUUAGCUGGACUAAGCGGGAAGAAUUCGCUUGUUACAGAGAACCAGAAUCUGUCCUUUCUCAAGACUGGUCUGAAUGAGGAGGCAACUGUGAAAGUGUCCUGCCUGCUGCAGCUGUUUGACAGGUGUUUGAGGUGCAAAGGUGAAGCAUACAGCCUAGUGACUCACCGUGAGGGAGCUAACUUCUCCUUCGCACAGAUGUGCUGGACCUGUCAAUUCACUGUGACGUGGGCGAGUCACUCACAACUGGCUGAUGUUCAAAAUGAGGAAGAGCGGGAGAAGGAUGGAAAUGAAGUAGAGGAAGAGGAAAGAGACCAGGAUAUGGAAGAAGAGGAGGAAGAGGAGAAACAGCCAACAGGGAAAAAGAGGAAGAGGAGCGAUAGCGACGAAGAGUGGGCUCCAGACGUACAGGAGUUCACCAGGGAGUUUGUUCGCGAGUCCUCUGAUGACGGCGAAGUGUCCAGUUGUGAAGAAGACGACGACGAAGAUGAUGGGGAAUGUGCCUCUGAGUUGUUGGUGUGGUGCAAUGAGUGCAGGUUGAAGGUCACCAACAGCUGCCUCAGACACAAACACCCUCUGCUCUACUGCUGUGUUCUCUGUGGCUACGCAGAACCUCACAAGGACUGUACUAGCAUCAGAGGAACCGAGAGCACCUGUGAUGCUGAGGAACCCCUUCGAGAGUCCUCUUUCACCAGCACACCUGAGGGAGGAGAAGCUGAACGGUCGAGUGGCCAACAGGUUGACUGUAAUCUUCAGCCUAACACCGCUGGCAUGAGAAGAACCUGCGACGAGAGCACCUGCGAUUCAGAGGAACCCCUUCGAGAGAUCUCUUGCACCAUCACACCUGAGGGAGAAGCCCAACACUCGAGUGACCAACAGGUCAACUGUAAUCUUCAGCGUGUACUCACCACUAUUCACUUGGAAGAGGCCAGUAGAGGUCCUGAGGAACCAACUAGCACCAAUGACAACCAGGACGAGACCGGCCAUAUCCAAUCAAUAAGUGCCACUACUGAGGGUGCACUCAGUAUAAACAACCAAUCAGGUGCCUCUGCUGAAGUUCCACACAGUAAAAACAACCAAUUGGGUGCCACUAGUAAGGGUCCACACAGUGCAAAUGAAGAAAUCCAAGAUGGCAACACAGGCUGUGAACUCGAGUCUGCACCGAGCAAGCCGCCGUUUGCCGUGUAUUUCAGCGACCCCUACAGCCUGCAGUCUCACAUGGAAGAGCAUCACUAUAACCAGUGGCAACGAAAGCUCUGCACGGACUGUGGCAGGUUCUUUAUCAAGCGCAAUGCUGCAAGGGUGCAUGUUUGCGACCACAAGGUGAAGUCGUUCAUCUGUGCGACCUGCGAGAAACGAUUCCGCACCGAGGCUGGUUUACACACACAUCAGUACGUCCACAAAGAGGAACGGCUGGUGUAUUGCCAGUUCUGCUUCAAGGGGUUCAGACAAACGGUGGACAAAGUCAAGCACGAGGAAAGCCAUCAGGCAGAAGUACUGAAGUUCUACUGCCGUGAAUGUCCCAAACGCUUUGCGGACCGCCACAGUCGAAGCGUUCACAGAAAGACUCACUGGACGGAGGACAGAUUCUUUUGUAAGUACUGUGACAAGGGAUUUAAGGAGAUGAAUCAUCUACGGAGACAUAAGUUGCUUCACACUGGAAAGAAGCCAUUCACCUGUGAAGUGUGUGAUCGCUCCUUCAACCAGAGUGGCCACCUGAAGUCACACAUGCGCCUCCACACAGGAGAGAGACCCUUCAAGUGCCAGCAGUGUGAGAGGAGCUUCAACCACAACGUCAGCCUCAAGAACCACCUCCAGCGACACCAUGGACCCAAGACAGCCACAGCUGAACAGGAGAACCUAGAAUAG